CAGCUACAGUUGAGAAGCAGUGUUUAGACCGGGGCUGGCUACCCUGUUUUUACAAAUAAAGUUUUUUGGAAUAUAGCCACCCUUCAUGUAUAUAGCACCUGUGGCUGCUUUGCUGCCACGAUGGCAGAGUUGAGUCGGUGCAACAGAGGCCUUAAAACCUGCAAUGGCAAACAUAUUUACUACUUGGUCCUUUACAGAAAACGUCUGCAGAGCCGCUUUGAAGAGAAACCUCAGGAGGACGUUCAGUAUCAUGUGAAAAGCCAUUUUAGAGGGAUUUUUGCUCAAGGUCAUGGCAGGAUUCCCUUAAGGGAUUCUGACAGAGACAAAAUAUUCAGAGUACAUAAAUAUUAAGGUACGGCAAAGGUAGAUGAGACUUUACAGCUGUGCCUGUUUUCCUUGGCCUGGAGCGGCAAGAUGGAAGUCAGGAAGAAGGAAAGGCCAGGCAGGUUUAUGCUGCAGAAGCGGGAGGUGUUUUUAGGAAGAAACAAUCCUGAAAGGAAAAGGCUGUGAGGCAGACACGGGCCACGGAGCUUCAGGUAAGAAUACAAGAAGAUGGCCGUCUGUGAACAAGGAAGCGGGCCCUCACCAGACACCGAAUCUGCCAGCACUUUGAUCUUGGACUUCCAGCCUCCAGAACUUCCAAGGGAUCACGGGUUGUCGGCAUCGUCACCCCAGCCUGGGGUCUGUCGCUAUGGAACCAAACUGGCUUGCUGCUAUGGCUGGACAAGGAACAGCAAGGGAGUCUGUGAAGCUACGUGUGAACCUGGAUGCAAGUUUGGUGAGUGUGUGGGACUGAACAAAUGUAGAUGCAUUCCCGGAUACACCGGUAAAACCUGCAGUCAAGAUGUGAAUGAGUGUGGAUUAAAACCCCGGCCGUGCCAACACAGAUGUGUGAAUACACACGGUAGCUACAAGUGCUUUUGCCUCAGUGGCCACAUGCUCAUGCCGGAUGCCACGUGUUCCAACUCUCGGACGUGUGCCAUGACAAACUGCCAGUAUGGCUGUAAAGAUACAGAAGAGGGGCCGCACUGUCUGUGUCCAUCCUCAGGACUCCGCCUGGCCCCAAAUGGAAGAGCUUGUAUAGAUACUGAUGAAUGUGCCUCGGAUAAAGCCGUCUGCCCCCACGAUCGAAGAUGUGUGAACACGUUUGGAAGCUACUAUUGCAAAUGUCAUGUUGGUUUUGAACUAAAAUAUCUCAGUGGCCGAUAUGACUGUGUCGAUAUGAAUGAAUGUGCUGCGAAUACCCACACGUGCAGCCUCCAUGCCAAUUGCCUCAAUACCCAAGGAUCCUUCAAGUGUAAGUGCAAGCAGGGAUAUAAAGGCACUGGACUUCAGUGUUCUGUGAUCCCUGAAAAUUCUGUGAAGGAAUUCCUCAGAGCACCUGGUACCAUCAAAGACAGAAUCAAGAAGCUGCUUGCUCACAAAAAUAACAUGAAAAAGAAGGUAAAAAUGAAAAACAUCUCAGAACCUGGGGGGACUCCUGCCCCUAAGGUUGACUCGCAGCCCUUCACCUCUGAAGAGAGCGUUUCCAGAGAUGGGAACCCUCAUGGAGAAGAAAAGAGGAAUGAAGAGAGAAGGAAAGAGGGGCUGGAGGAAAAGAAAAGAGAUGAGAAAGCCCUGGCAAACCAUGUGGAGGAGGAGCAAAGCGUUCGGGGAGAUGUGUUUUCCCCUAAGGUGAACGAAGCGGGUGAAGUUGAUCUGGUUCUGGUCCAAAGAAAAGCUACAACAUCCCGACUGGAACACAGAAAUUUAAAUAUCUCAGUUGACUGCAGCUUUGACCACGGGGUCUGUGACUGGAAACAGGAUAUAGAAGAUGAUUUCGAUUGGAAUCCUGCUGACCGAGAUAAUGCUGUUGGCUACUAUAUGGCAGUUCCAGUCCUGGCAGGUCAGAAGAAGGACAUCGGCCGUUUGAAACUUGUCCUCCCGGACCUGCAGCCCCAAAGCAACUUUUGUUUGCUCUUUCAUUACCGGCUGGCUGGAAACAAAGUAGGGAAACUUCGAGUGUUUGUGAAAAACAGUAAUAAUGCCCUGGCAUGGGAGAAGACCAGGAGCACAGAUGAACGGUGGAAGAUGGGGAAAAUUCAACUGUAUCAAGGGAUUGAUACUCCCAAAAGCAUCGUUUUUGAAGCAGAACGUGGCAAGGGCAAAACCGGAGAAAUUGCGGUGGAUGGUGUCUUGCUGGUUUCAGGCUUAUGUCCAGAUGGCCUUUUAUCUGUGGAUGGUUGAGUGUUACUCUUGUCUUUUGUAUCUUUAUAUUUGGCUUUUUAUGUCAGUUCUCUGUUUUUUGACAUUAUAUCAUAGAUCCUCCCCCCAUUUUAGAAAUACAAACUGAAAAAUUGUGAUGUAUCAACAGAAUCAUUAUUGUCAGAUGCCUUUCUUGUACAAGAUAUACCAAUAUUUGCUUUAAAUAUAGUACCACUGUGUCUUCUCAUU